AUGACAGGGAAUGGGACUGGGAACGGGACUGGGACUGGGAACGGGACUGGGAACGGGAACGGGAAUGGGACUGGCGCUGGGAAUGGGACUGGGAACGGGACUGGGACUGGGAACGGGACUGGGAACGGGAACGGGACUGGGACUGGCGCUGGGAAUGGGACUGGGAACGGGACUGGGACUGGGAAUGGGAAUGGGACUGGGAACGGGACUGGAAAUGGGACUGGGAACGGGACUGGGACUGGGACUGGCGCUGGGAACGGGAAUGGGACUGGCGCUGGGAACGGGAAUGGGCUGGGAAACGGGACGCCUGGGAACGGGAACUGGGAGGGACUGGGCAACGGGACCUGGCGAAAUGGGACGGGGAAUUGGGAAUGGGAAACUGGGAUGGCAUCUGGGCAACGGGAAUGGGAUGGGACUGGGACUCGGCCGCUGGGAACGGGAACGGGAAUGGGACUGGGUACGGGGGGAAGGGAAAGGGGGAAGGAAAACCGGGACGGACUGGGAACGGGGGGGAAUGGGAUGGUAACUCGGUCCCCAGAAAGAAUCGCAAGUCAGGGGGGUUUCGAAGGGGGGUUAGGGGGGAUUGCAGGGGGAAGGGGGGGUGGGUUGUAUUGGGGAGGGGGGGGUAACAAUGGGCGGGAGGGGGGAUAAAAUAUAACAAGAUUUCAAAAAGAAAGGAAAAGGACGGGGGGAAGGGGGGGGGGGAAGAGGAAACCCCCAACCCGGCAAGGGGGGGAAAAUUUUUGGGAAAAAAAAAAAAAAACCCCCCCCCCCCCCCCCCCCCCCCUUUUUUUUUUUUUUUUUUUUCUCCUCCUUCUUCCUCUCCCCCUCCUUAUUUCCACACCUCUUUUGCUCUCUCUGUUUUUGAUUCCCCCAUGUAACCUCUCUCCCCUCCCCUUCUUUUCCGCGGUGGAAGGAUACUUUGUCUUUUAUUUUUUAAUUUUGUCCGGGGUUUUUCCCCCCCCUCACGGCCGCCAAACACAAUACAACUGCGGGUAAUGAAUGUGUGCUUUCAUUUAAAUGUGUGUCUUUGACGUGACAGAUGUGUGAGUGUCUGUGACUGUGUGUAUGUCUGUGUGUGUGUGGUGUAUGUGUCAGUGUGUGUGUGGUGUAUGUGUCAGUGUGUGUGUGUGGUGUAUGUGUCAGUGUGUGUGUGGUGUAUGUGUCUGUGUGUGUGUGUGUGUCUGUGUGUGUGUGGUGUAUGUGUCAGUGUGUGUGUGUCAGUGUGUGUGUGGUGUCUGUGUGGUGUGUGGUGUAUGUGUCAGUGUGUGUGUGUGUGUGUGGUGUGUGUGUCUGUGUGUGUGUGGUGUGUGUGUCUGUGUGUGUGUGGUGUAUGUGUCAGUGUGUGUGGUGUGUGUGUCAGUGUGUGUGUGUCAGUGUGUGUGUGUCAGUGUGUGUCAGUGUGUGUGUGUGUGUGUGUGUCAGUGUGUGUGUGUGGUGUGUGUGUGUGUGUGUGUCUGUGUGUGUAUGCAUGGUAAUGUAUCUCUGCAUGGUCAAAGGUCCUCCCUCUGUUUUGACGGCUUAGUUUGCAUGUAUUUGUAUUCUUCAUAUGUAUGGACUCCUUUCUCAUCAACCAGAUCAGUCAGCACCUUGGCACGAAAAAACCACUGUGACUGGUCCUGAGACCAUGGCUGCAUCCCAAACGGCACCCUAUUCACAUAGGGCUCUGAGCAAAAGUAGUGUACUAUGUAGGGAAUAGGGCGCCAUUUGGGACGCAGGCUAAUACCACUAAUACCACUAAUACCAGAGACAGCCAGACAGCCAGCCACCAUUUCCAGCCACUUCCAACAGUGAAGGCAUGGCAGGCUAGACUAAACCCCGGGGUUAGAAACAAAUCAACCACAAACGGAAGAGCGGUGCCAUAACACAAAUGGACAUUUGCUAAAAAACAUCAGCCGCUUGUUAUCACAUGUCAUAGUGGUGUAACACUAAAGCUCUCAGGCAGAAUACCCUGUUAUAUACCCUGUUAUAUAGCCUGUUAUACACUCUGUUAUAUACCCUGUUAUAUACCCUGUUAUAUACUCUGUUAUAUAGCCCUUUUAUACACAUGUUAUAUAUCACCCCGUUAAUACCCUGUUUUACACCCUGUUAUCCCCCGUUUUUAACCUGUUAACACCUGUAAUAUACUGUUAUACACCCCGUUUAUACUGUUUUAAACCCCGUUAUUCCCUGUUAAAAACUGUUAACACCCUGGUUUAAAAUGUUAUACAUCUGUUUAACCCUUUAUACCCCUUUUUUUUUCUGUUUUACACCGUUAAUUUCCCUAUUAUAUACCCUGUUAUAUACCCCGUUUAUACGUUUUACACCCUGUUAUAACUUGUUUUAUACGUUUUACACCCCGUUAUAUCCCUGUUUUUAUACUUUUUAACCUUUAUUACCCUGUUUUAUACCCCGUUUUUUAAAACCGUUAAUACCCGUUAUACACCCGUUUUACUGGGAUCCCCUGUUUAUACCCCGUUAAAUUUUUUAUACACCCCGUUAUACCCCCUUAUAAUGUUUUACCCUGUUAUAUACCUUUAUAUACGUUAUCACCUGUUAUUACCCUGUUAUAUACUUUAACUCUGUUAUUACACCUGUUAUAUACCCUGUUAUAUACUGUUAUACACCCCUGUAUAUACCCUGAUGUAUUACUGUUAUACCCUGUUAUUACCCUGUUAUAUACCCUGUUAUAUACUGUUAUACACCCUGUUAUAUACUCUGUUAUAUACUGUUAUACACCCUGUUAUAUACUGUUAUAUACCUGUUAUAUACUGUUAUACACCCUGUUAUAUACCCUGUUAUAUACUGUUAUACACCCUGUUAUAUACCCUGUUAUAUACCCUGUUAUAUACUGUUAUACACCCUGUUAUAUACCCUGUUAUAUACUGUUAUACACCCUGUUAUAUACUGUUAUACACCCUGUUAUAUACCCUGUUAUACACCCUGUAAUAUACUGUUAUACACCCUGUUAUAUACCCUGUUAUAAACCCUGUUAUAUACUGUUAUACACCCUGUUAUAUACCCUGUUAUAUACUGUUAUACACCCUGUUAUAUACUGUUAUACACUAUUAUAUACCCUGUUAUAUACCCUGUUAUAUACUGUUAUACACUCUGUUAUAUACCCUGUUAUAUACCCUGUUGUUUACUGUUAUAUACCCUGUUAUAUACCCUGUUAUACAGUGCAUUCGGAAUGUUUUUAAACCCCUUGACUUUUUCCACAUUUUGUUACAUCAUCAAUCUACACACAAUACACACAAUACCCCAUAAUGACAAAGUGAAAACAGGUUUUUUGAAAUUUUAGCAAAUGUAUUAAACAUAAAAAACAGAAAUACCUGAUUUACAUAAGUAUUCAGACCCAUUGCUAUGAGACUUGAAAUUGAGCUCAUCCUUGAGAUGUUUCUACAACUUGAUUGGAGUUCACUUGUGAUAAAUUCAAUUGAUUGCACAUGAUUUGGAAAGGCACACACCUGUCUAUAUAAGGUCCCACAGUUGACAGUGCAUGUCAGAGCAAAAACCAAGACAUGAGGUUGAAGGAAUCGUCCGUAGAGCUCCGAACAGGAUUGUGUCGAGGCACAGAUCUGGACAAGGGUACCAAAAAAAUUAUUCAGCAUUGACUGUUCCCAAGAACACAGUGGCCUCCAUCAUUCUUAAAUGGAAGAAGUUUGGAACCACCAAGACUCUUCCUAGAGCUGGCCGCCCGGCCAAACUGAGCAAUCGGGGGUGAAGGGCCUUGGUCAGGGAGGUGGCGAAUAACCCGAUGGUCACUCUGACAGAGCUCCAGAGUUCCUCUGUGGAGAUGGGAGAAUCUUCCAGAAGGACAACCAUCUCUUCAGAACUCCACCAAUCAGGCCUUAAUGAUAGAGUGGCCCGACAGAAGCCACUCCUCAGUAAAAUGCACAUGACAGCCAGCUUGGAGUUUGCCAAAAGGCACCUAAAGGACUCUCAGACCAUGAGAAAACAAGAUUCUCUGGUCUGAUGAAACCAAGAUUGAACUCUUUGUCCUGAAUGCCAAGCGUCACAUCUGGAGUAAUUCCUGGCACCAUCUCUACGGUGAAGCAUGGUGGUGGCAGCAUCAUGCUGUGGGGAUGUUUUUCAGUGGCAGGGACUGGGACACUAGUCAGGAUCGAGGGAAAGAUGAACAGAACAAAGCACAGAGAGAUCCUUGAUGAAAACCUGCUCCAGAGUGCUCAGGACCUCAGACUGGGGCGAAGAUUCACCUUCCAACAGGACAACAACCCUAAGCACACAGCCAAGACAACGCAGGAGUGGCUUCGGGACAAGUAUCUGAAUGUCCUUGAGUGGCCCAGCAAGAGCCCGGUCAAACACCUCUGUAGAGACCUGAAAAUAGGGAGUAUAUUAUACAAUUUUAUUUAAUCCAUUUUAGAAUAAGGCUGUAACGUAACAAAAUGUGAAAAAAGGGAAGGGGUCUGAAGACUUUCCGAAUACUAAUUCUACAAAUAGGCCCUAUUAUAUUUCAAAAUGAAUAUCAAAUUCGCUAGCCUGUACUUGUAAUGCAUGUGCUCCACCAGAAUCACAUGUUCUCUCCCUGCUUUAUCAUGGAUUGAACGAUGUGUGUAAUUCCAGUCCAUACUGUAUAAUACAGUAUAAUAGAAUACAGUACAGUAAUACAGUUUACACUAAAAAAGAUUAGCCUACUGGAGCUAGUUUCAUUUAUUUACCCAAGAGAGCAUAUAGCUAGCUACAUCUAUGGGCUUUAUAUAGCUAGCUACAUCUAUGGGCUUUAUAUAGCUAGCUACAUCUAUGGGCUUUAUAUAGCUAGCUACAUCUAUGGGCUUUAUAUAGCUAGCUACAUCUAUGGGCUUUAUAUAGCUAGCUACAUCUAUGGGCUUUAUAUAGCUAGCUACAUCUAUGGGCUUUUAUAUAGCUAGCUACAUCUAUGGGGUUUAUAUAGCUAGCUACAUCUAUGGGCUUUAUAUAGCCAGCUACAUCUAUGGGCUUUAUAUAGCUAGCUACAUCUAUGGGCUUUAUAUAGCCAGCUACAUCUAUGGGCUUUAUAUAGCUAGCUACAUCUAUGGGCUUUAUAUAGCUAGCUACAUCUAUGGGCUUUAUAUAGCUAGCUACAUCUAUGGGCUUUAUAUAGCUAGCUACAUCUAUGGGCUUUAUAUAGCUAGCUACAUCUAUGGGCUUUUAUAUAGCUAGCUACAUCUAUGGGGUUUAUAUAGCUAGCUACAUCUAUGGGCUUUAUAUAGCCAGCUACAUCUAUGGGCUUUAUAUAGCUAGCUACAUCUAUGGGCUUUAUAUAGCCAGCUACAUCUAUGGGCUUUAUAUAGCUAGCUACAUCUAUGGGCUUUAUAUAGCUAGCUACAUCUAUGGGCUUUUAUAUAGCUAGCUACAUCUAUGGGGGUUUAUAUAGCUAGCUACAUCUAUGGGCUUUAUAUAGCCAGCUACAUCUAUGGGCUUUAUAUAGCUAGCUACAUCUAUGGGCUUUAUAUAGCCAGCUACAUCUAUGGGCUUUAUAUAGCUAGCUACAUCUGUGGUCUUCUGUAGCUCAGCUGGUAGAGCACGGCGCUUGUAACGCCAAGAUAGUGGGUUCGAUCCCCGGGACCACCCAUACACAAAAAAUGUAUGCACGCAUGACUGUAAGUCGCUUUGGAUAAAAGCGUCUGCUAAAUGGCAUAUUAUUAUAUUAUUAUUAUAUAGCCAGCUACAUCUAUGGGCUUUAUAUAGCUAGCUACAUCUAUGGGCUUUAUAUAGCUAGCUACAUCUAUGGGCUUUUAUAUAGCUAGCUACAUCUAUGGGCUUUUAUAUAGCUAGCUACAUCUAUGGACUUUAUAUUUUUCUGUCAUGUGUAAUGUGCAGUAGCCUAUAUCAUAUACCGUAUGUUUUUGAUAACGGCACAAUCAUUAGUUUUUUGGGGGCUUAAUUUACAUUUACAUUUACAUUUACGUCAUUUAGCAGACGCUCUUAUCCAGAGCGACUUACAAAUUGGUGCAUUCACCUUAUAGCCAGUGGGAUAACCACUUUACAAUGUUGUUUUUUUUGGGGGUGGGGGGGGGGGGGGGGGGGGGGGGGGGGGGGGGGGUUGGGGUAAGGGGGGGUAGAAGGAUUACUUUAUCCUAUCCCAGGUAUUCCUUAAAGAGGUGGGGUUUCAAAUGUCUCCGGAAGGUGGUGAGUGACUCCGCUGUCCUGGCGUCGUGAGGGAGCUUGUUCCACCAUUGGGGUGCCAGAGCAGCGAACAGUUUUGACUGGGCUGAGCGGGAACUAUGCUUCCGCAGAGGUAGGGGAGCCAGCAGGCCAGAGGUGGAUGAACGUAUGGUUUAUCAGGCUCAGGUAACAUCAGGCUUGAAUUUUCAAUCAAAGCUCUAAUCAAAUCCAGACUUGGGCCUAUUUAAACGCUUCAUAAUGCUUUUUAAUGACGCUUCAGGUUUUGGCGGGAAAUACUGGGUUACCUGGGAGAAAAGUGAUUUAUUCUCUAGAUGGAACAUGUUGUAAAAUACUGGGGAAAAUAUUCAAGCCUAGUACACAGUAUGUAACACAUACACCUCCAGUGUUGGAGUCACGUCCAGUGAUCUUACCUGCCCUCUGGUGCCAAGGGAUGGGACGGGUGUGUGAGUGUGUGAGUGUGUAUGUGUGUGUGUGUGUGUGUGUGUGUGUGCGCUGACCGAGGGUGUAGUGGGAUGGUGUAAUUAGGAGGUGAUACUGUGAUCCGGCCGUAAUCGCAGGUUCCAAAUGCAACCAUCCUCAAGGGAUGCUGCAUACACACAUGCGCGCACACACUCAAAUCAAAUCAAAUCAAAUGUUAUUGGUGACAUACAAAUGUUUGGCAGAUGUUAUUGCGGGUGUAGCGAAAUGCUUGUGUUUCUAGCUCUAACAGUGCAGUAAUAUCUAACAAUUCAACAAUACACAUAAUACACACAAUCUAAAAGUAAAAGAAUGCAAUUAAGGAAUGUGUAAAUGUUAGGACGAGCAACGUCAGAGUGGCAUAGACUAAAUACAGUAGAAUAGAAUACAGUAUAUACAUAUGAGAUGAGUAAAGCAAAAAGAUGUAAACAUUAUUAAAGUGUCCAGUGAUUUCAAUAGGCAGCAGCAGCCUCUAGGUUGCUAGUGAUGGCUAUUUAACAGUCUGAUGGCCUUGAAAUAGAAGCUGUUUUUCAGUCUCUCAGUCCCAGCUUUGAUCUCACCUGUACUGACCUCGCCUUCUGGAUGAUAGCGGGGUGAACAGGCAGUGGCUCGGGUGGUUUUUGGCCUUCCUGUGACAUCGGGAGCUGUAGGUGUCCUGGAGGGCGGGUAGUUUGACCCAGGUGAUGCGUUGGGCAGACCGCACCACCCUCUGGAGAGCCCUGAGGUUGCGGGCGGUGCAGUUGCCGUACCAGGCGGUGAUACAGCCCGACAGGAUGCUCUCAAUUGUGCAUCUGUAAAGGUUUGUGAGGGUUUUAGGUGCCAAGCCAAAUUUAUUCAGCCUCCUGAGGUUCAAGAGGUGCUGUGGCGCCUUCUUCACCACACUGUCUGUGUGGGUGGACCAUUUCAGAUCGUCAGUGAUGUGUAUGCCGAGGAACUUUAAGCUUUCCACCUUCUCCACUGCGGUCCGUCAAUGUGGAUAGGGGCGUGCUCCCUCUGCUGUUUCCUGAAGUCCACGAUCAGCUCCUUUGUUUUGUUGAUGUUGAAUGAAAUAUUAUUUUCCUGGCACCACACUCUCCUCCCUGUAGGCUGUCUCUUCAUUGUUGGUAAUCAAGCCUACUACUGUUGUGUCGUCUGCAAACACUGGAGGUGUUGUUUCCUACCUUCACCACCUGGGGGCGGCCCGUCAGGAAUUCCAGGACCCAGUUGCACAGGGCAGGGUUCAGACCCAGGGCCCCGAGCUUAAUGAUGAGCUUUAGUCAAUGAACAACAUUCUUACAUAGGUAUUCCUCUUGUCCAGAUGGGAUAGGGCAGUGUGCAGUGGCGAUUGCAUCGUCUGUGGAUCUAUUGGGGCGAUAAGCAAAUUGAAGUGGGUCUAGGGUAUCAGGUAAGGUAGAGAUGAUAUGAUCCUUAACUAGCCUCUCAAAGCACUUCAUGAUGACAGACGUGAGUGCUACGGGGCGAUAGUCAUUUAGUUCAGUUACCUUUGCGUUCUUGGAUACAGGAAUGAUGGUGGACAUCUUGAAGCAAGUGGGGACAGCAGACUGGGAUAGGGAGAGAUUGAAUAUGUCUGUAACACUCCAGCCAGCUGGUCUGUGCAUGCUCUGAGGACGUGGCUAGGGAUGCCGUCUGGGCCGGCAGCCUUGCGAGGGUUAACACGCUUAAAUGUCUUACUCAAGUCGGCCACGGAGAAGGAGAGCCCACUGUCCUUGGUAGCGGGCCGCGUCGGUGGCACUGUGUUAUCCUCAAAGCGGGCGAAGAAGGUGUUUAGCUUGUCUGGAAGCGAGACAUCGGUGUCGGCGACGUGGCUGGUUUUCCCUUUGUAAUCCGUGAUUAUCUGUAGACCCUGCCACAUACGUCUCGUGUCUGAGCCGUUUGAUUGCCUUACGGAGGGAAUAACUACACAGUUUGUAUUCUGCCAUAUUCCCAGUCACCUUGCCAUGGUUAAAUGCAGUGGUUCGCGCUUUCAGUUUUGCGAGAAUGCUGCCAUCUAUCCACGGUUUCUGGUUUGGGUAGGUUUUAAUAGUCACAGUGGGUACAACAUCUCCUAUACACUUCCUGAUAAACUCAGUCACCGUGUAUUCAUCGUUGUUAUUAUCAGAGGAUACAGACACACACUCACACACACACACACGCACGCACACACACACACACACACACACGCACGCACGCACGCACACAUGCACGCACACACCACACGCACACACACCACACGCACACACACCACACACACCACACCACACAAACACCACCACACACACACACACAAACUGCAUCACACACCACAAGCAACAACACACACCACACACACACACACACCACACACCACACGCACACACACACAGCUGUGUUUUCGGGACAUUUCUGGACUUUUUGGAGUGUAACAUUUUUACCUAACCCUAACCCCAAAAACCUAACCCUUAAGCUUAAAAUAGCAUUUGAACAAAUUCAGGACAAGAAAAAAGUCCUGACUUUUCAAAAAAGUUAUUGUUUUCUUGCCUUUUCAGGAUGUUAAGGUAACAUGUGAGGACAUUGGGUCCUGUAUAAUGUAGGAAAACAAGUACAAACGCAACACACAUCACAACUCACACCACACACACACACACAAACACACACACACACACACACACACACACACACACACACACACACCACACACACACAACACACACACACACACCACACACACACACCACACCCACCCCACACACACACUAACACACCACACCCACACACACACACACACACACCACACACACACCCACACAUCACACACACACACUACACCACACACACCUACACACACACGACACACACACACACAACACCACCACACACACACACACACCCACACACACACACCACACGACCACAUCGCACACACACCAACACACACACACACACGCCGCACGCACCACACACACACACACACACACACACACGUCCUCAGGGAGCUGGGGGAUAGAGAGAGAGAGUUACAACGCAGCAACACUCAGAUAUAUGAGACACCAUAGAAAUAUAAUGCAGAAUCUAGAUUAUAUUUCUAUGUGAGAAACACUAUGCCGUGUGGCCUGUUGAGUUGACACAGGCUGUCAUCUAGUAGACAAAACCUAUAGCUAGUUUUCCAGCUAGGCGUUUGUGCCACACCGUUAAUCAGCUAACACUGACAACACAAAUACCCACAUUUAGAGGUAUGAGAGAACAUUAUGCUAUGUGGAUGGCAGCAGUGACAUCACUCAAAUGAGAAGGACAUCCAGUUAUAUCUACUAGGGGGACAGGCCUAGACAGCAACAGAGGGAAACUAGGCUACACUGUUAAUCAGCUAGUACUAUUGUGUUCAUGUAAAUAGGUUGUAAUUUUUGGGUUUUAUUGGAAAAGGGGGUGUGGGGUUUUUGUGUUUUUGGGGUGGUGGGGGUGUUGGGGGUAGUUUGUUUGGGUGUUGGGGUGUGGGUUUGUGGUGUGUGGUGGGGUGUGUGUGGGUGUGGGGUGGGGUGUGUGUUUGUGGGGUGUGGUUUGGUGUGUGUUUGUUGUGGUGGGGUGUGUGUGUGGUGUUUUUGUGUGUUGGGUGUGUGUUUUUGGGGUGUGGUUUUGGUGUGUUGGGGGUGUGUUGUGUGUGUUUGGGGUGAUUGUGAUGUGUGUGUGGUGGGGUGUGUGUGUGGGUUUUUGGUUUUUUUUUUGUGGUGUGGUGUGGGGGGUUUUGUGUUUUUGGUUUUUUUUUGUGUGUUUUGGGGUGGGGUUUUUUUUGUUUGGUGUUUGUUUGGGUUGUGUUUUUUUGGGGUGUUUUUUUUUUGUUUUUUUGUGGUUUUUUUUGUUUUUUUUGUUUUUGGUUUUUUUGUGUGUGUGGUUUUGUGGUUUGGGGGUUUUGUGUGUGGUUUUGCUUUUCUUUUGGGGGUGUUUUGUUGGGGUGGUGUUGUGUGAGGGGGUUUCGUGGUUUUUGUGUUUUUUGGUGUUUUUUUUUUUGUGUGUUUUUUUUUUUUUUUCGUGUGGGUUUUUUUUUUUUUUUUUUUUUGUUUUUGUGGGGUUUAUUUUGGUUUUUUUUUUGUGGUUUUGUUGGUUUUGUGUUUUUCGUUUGGUGGUUUUGUGGUGUUUUGGGGUGGGGUGUGGGGUGUGUGUGUGGUGUGGCUUGUGUGUGUUUGGGGUGUGUGUUGGGGUGUGGGGUGGUGUGUGUGUUGGUUUUUUGGGGUUUUUUGGGGGGUGUGUGUGUGUGGUGUGUGUGUGGGUUUUGGUGUGUGUUCCGUGUGUGUGGGGGUGUGUGUGUUUUCGGGCGUUUUUUUGGUGUGUUUUUGGGGUUCGUGUGUGGGGUGUGUGGUGUGUGGUGUUUUCGUGGGGGUUUUUUGUGUGUGGGUGUGGUUUUGGGGUGUGUGUGUGUGUGGGGGUUUGGUGUUGGUGGUUUUUUUGGUUUUUUUUGGUUUGUGUUUUGGGGGUGGGUUUGGGGGUGUGCGUGGGGUGUGUUUUUGGGUGGGGUUUCCGGGUGUGGUGUUUUUUUGUUUUUGGUGUGUUUUUUGUGGUUUUUUGUGGUUUUUGUGUGGGUGGGCCCUUUGUGGGGGGUGUGUGGUGUGUGUGUUUUUGUGUGUGUUUUUUUGGUUUUGGUUUUUGGUUUUUUGGGUUUUGUUUUUUGGUUUUUUUUGUUUUGUGUGUGUUGUGGGGUUUUGUGUGGGGUGUUUUUGGUUGGGGUUUCGUGUGUUGGGGUUGGUGCUUUCGUGUGGUGUGGGGUUGUGUGUUGGGGUGUGGGUGUUGUUGGGGUUUUGUUGGGGGUGUUGUGGUUUUUUCUGUGGGUGUGUGUGGGGUGUGUGUUUGUUUUUGGGGUGUGUUUGUGGGGUGUUUCUUGGUGUGUGUUUUGGGGGUGUGGUGUGUGUGUUUUGUGGUGUGUGGGGUUUGUGUGUGUGUGGGGUGUUCUGUGUGGGGGUUUGGGGGUGUGGUGUGUGGUGUGUUGGGGGUGUGGUGGUGUGGGCUGUUUUGGUGUGUUGUGUGUGUGUGUGGGGUGUGUUUUGGGGUGUUGGGGGGUGUUUUGGUGUUUUCGGGGGGUGUGUGUUGGUGGCUUGUGUGGGGUGUUUGGGGUGUUUUUUUUUUUCCCGUUUUUUGUUUUUGUGGGUGGUUUUGUGUGUGGGGUUUUGGUUUUUUUUUGGGGUGUGUGUGUGUGUGUGGUGGUUGGGGUUUUGUGUGGGGUUUUGUGGUGGUGUUUUGUGGGGUUUUUUGGUUUGUGUGUGUGGUGUGUGGGGUGUGGGGUGUGGGGUUUGGUGUGUGUGUUGUGUGUGGUGUGUGUUGGGGGUGUGGGGUGUGUGUGGGGUUUGGUUUUUUGUGUGGGGUGUGUGUGUGGUUUUUUUUUGGGGGUGGUUUGGGGGUGGGGUGUUUUUUGUGUUUCGGUUUUGUUUGUUGUGUGUGGUUUUGCGUUUGUUGUUGGUUUGUGGUGUGUUGUGUUUUGUGUGUGGGGGGUGUGGUGUGUGUGGUGUGUGUGUGUGUUGUUGGUGUGUGUGGUGUGUGUGUGGGUGUGUGUGUUUUUGUGGUGUGUGGUGUGGUGUGUGCUGUGUGUGUGUUUGUGUGUGUGGGUGUGUUGGGUGUGUGUGGGGGUUGUGUUUGUGUGUGUGUGUGUGUGUGUGUGUGUGUGUGUGUGUGUGGUGUGUGUGUUUUGCCUGAUAAGCAGGCUAAACACACACAUGGGGCGGCAGGUAGCUUAGUGGUUAAGGUAGCUUAGUGGUUAAGGUAGCUUAGUGGUUAAGGUAGCUUAGUGGUUAAGGUAGCUUAGUGGUUAAGGUAGCUUAGUGGUUAAGGUGUGUGGUGAGAGCAGACAAGAACGUUUACGGAGGCACUGAUAUCAAUGCGUCUUUCCUCCUUCUCAAAACCCAUUGGAGAAGAAGGUCAGAGGGGAGGGACUUUGAAUCUCCUCCUCCAAUAUGGUUGAGAAAGAGGCGAGAAGAUAUGUAUUGAGGUCAGAUAAGUAAUCAGUAGGUAAAGAGCGCCAUCUAGUGGCCACGAGCAGGUACUGACAGUGUUUACAGGAAGAUGAGGCUAACAGACUUAACAGAUACAGAGAGAUCUGACAGAUGGGUCGCGUCCCAAAAUGGCACACUAUUCCCAUAGCGCACUACAUUUGACCAGAGCUCUAUUGGCCCUGGUCAAAAGUAGUACACUAUAAAGGGAAUAGGGUACCAUUUUGGACACAUGAUAGGACAGGGUUGGUUGGUUGGUUGGCUGGCUGGCUGGUUGGCUCUCAUCAUGUCCUGGUCACCUCUCAUUUAUCUGACGGCGUGUCUCUCCUCUCGUUCCCAGGAGGCUGUGCUAUCAUCCGUCCUCCCAGAGAUGGAGGGAUACGGUACAGAGGACUGACCCAGGAGCAGGUAGGGGCCGCUGCUGGUUUAUUGACUAUACUAGAUUGGAACGAAUGUAGAUCAUCUGUAACGAAUGUAGAUCAGCUGUAACUAAUGUAGAUCAGCUGUAACGAAUGUAGAUCAGCUGCAACGAAUGUGGAUCAGCUGUAACGAAUGUAGAUCAGCUGUAACGAAUGUAGAUCAGCUGUAACGAAUGUGGAUCAGCUGUAACGAAUGUAGAUCAGCUGUAACGAAUGUAGAUCAGCUGUAACGAAUGUGGAUCAGCUGUAACGAAUGUAGAUCAGCUGUAACGAAUGUAGAUCAGCUGUAACAAAUGUAGAUCAGCUGUAACGAAUGUAGAUCAGCUGUAACGAAUGUGGAUCAGCUGUAACGAAUGUAGAUCAGCUGUAACGAAUGUAGAUCAGCUGUAACAAAUGUAGAUCAGCUGUAACGAAUGUAGAGCCUAACGGUAUUGGAAUGUAAUAUGCUAACAGAUCCCAAGAGUAAAUGUAGUGCCAAUUAUUCAACAGAUACAGCUCCCUAUCUCACUGUGUGUGUGUGUCUGUGUGUGUAUCCAGAUCCGCAGUGUGCAGGUGUUACCGGUGGACUAUGAGAUUGAGUACAUCUGCAGAGGGAACAGAGUGAUCGUUGGACCCAAUGUUAGGAAGUGUCUACCCAACGGUACCUGGACUGACCUCACCCAGCGCAGCAAAUGUUGUGAGCAUCUUUUCUACUCGAAUACGCUCCAUAACUGACCAUAUCAUCCAUAUAUCUACUUCUACAUGUGACGGACUGGGUCUCCUGUGGACCACAAGACUGUGUUAGCUCACAGAGCUAAAACCUAGGCAUUAGCACGGGGAGCUAACGGAAGUCCGAUUCUUAGUCAAGGUUGCUCAUAAACUUACACUCUCCAUCUCUUUCUGCUUCUACCCGUCUUUCUCCAUCGCGUAUACUGUCAACUUUCAGCCCCUUCAAACAGGGGGACUACUCCUUUUUGAAUGAGGUAAGCCACUCUAACAUCUAACCACAUACUCGACUGCUAUCCACUCAAGGCAUGCAGCUUUUUCAUGGCAAGGGGAUCCCCCAUUGUCUUCCGACGGGUGGGGUUACUCUUACCUCCCUCAACCGAUGGUACAUCCCUAUAACCACUGUCGAUGCACUGUCCCUCUACAGUAUUUACCCACACACCUGUAUGUCUUUUUUGUGUACAGCUCUCACUUUAAGAAUAUUUUCUGUGUUCUUCUCUCACUCUUUAAGAAUAUUUUCUGUGUUCUUCUCUCACUCUUUAAGAAUCUUUUCUGUGUUCUUCUCUCACUCUUUAAGAAUAUUUUAUGUGUUCUUCUCUCACUCUUUAAGAAUCUUUUCUGUGUUCUUCUCUCACUCUUUAAGAAUCUUUUCUGUGUUCUUCUCUCACUCUUUAAGAAUAUUUUAUGUGUUCUUCUCUCACUCUUUAAGAAUCUUUUCGGUGUUCUUCUCUCACUCUUUAAGAAUCUUUUCUGUGUUCUUCUCUCACUAUAAGAAUAUUUUCUGUGUUCUCUCACUCUUUAAGAAUCUUUUCUGUGUUCUUCUCUCACUAUAAGAAUAUUUUCUGUGUUCUCUCACUCUUUAAGAAUCUUUUCUGUGUUCUUCUCUCACUAUAAGAAUAUUUUCUGUGUUCUCUCACUCUUUAAGAAUAUUUUCUGUGUUCUCUCACUCUUUAAGAAUCGUUUCUGUUCUUCUCUCACUCUUUACGAAAACUCUUCACAGGCUCAGUUGCUGGUCCACUUGCAAAUUUUAGUACAGGGUGAAUGAUACAGUAGCGUUAUGGAAGCAUACUAGAAUCUGAACCUGAGGAAUACACUUUCUCCUGCCUCAAUCCCUCCCUCCCACCCUCCCCCUCCCCCUCACCCAUACCCUCAUCUCCCUCCCUCCCUCUCUCCGUCCAUCUCACCCAUACCUACUCUAACCCUGAUCUAUCCCUCCCUCUCCUAGUACUACAGUGCCUGCGGGUGUGGACGUCUCUGGAGAACGGGCGUGUAUCAGAGUGGCCCCUGGGGCCCCCAGUGGAGGGGACCGUACUGCAGUACAGCUGUCUGCCAGGAUUCAUCCUGGUCGGCAGGAACUCAACACACUGCAACAAGCUGGGCCAGUGGGACUCGCCCAAACCCGUCUGCCACUGUGAGUAA